AUGCUUCACCUCGACUUGAUUAGCACUCUCAAAGACAUCUUUGGGCGGUUCGACCAUGUUCGGCCAUCCCAUGCCAGAGGCGUCCUUGUGGCUGGUUCGUUCACCCCGACAAGCGAAGCAAAGCAACUAUCCAUCGCUCCUCACUUCGACGCUCCCUCGACGCCAGUCAUAGCAAGAUUCUCCCUGUUCACCGGAAUCCCAGACUUGCCCUCGAAUACUCCCCAGGCAACUCCUCAUGGUCUUGCUGUGCGAUUUUUGAUAGGGGAGGAUGCGAAAACAGACAUCAUCUGCCAGUCUUCGACCCUCUUCCCCGGUGCUACAGGGGAAGAAGUCCUCGCGGUCUUCCGAAGCUUCAGAGACAACACUGUGGAAGAAUAUGCCAAAGACCAUCCAGCGGCCGCUAGCUUCGUACAAGAAGACAGACAGGUUCCGAAAAACUUUGGCACACAGUCAUUCUACUCUAUCAACGCGUUCAAGUUUGUGAAUGCUUCUGGCGAAAGUGCUUUUAUCCGAUAUCGCUGGGUUCCGCUAUCUGGGAAACAAUAUUUACCGCAGACCGAGUUGGAGGCAAAGGGUCCGAACUUCCUCUUUGACGAGCUACCUGGCGUUUUUGCUCAAGGACCGAUUAGCUUCAAGCUGGUAGCUCAGGUGGCGGGAGAUGGCGACGUUACAAAUGACUGCACCAAGAUUUGGCCAGAAGAUCGUAAACUUGUUGAACUUGGCACCCUCACCUUGAACAAGGUUGCCGGCGAGGAAGAAUUGCCUUCUCAAAAGGAGACUAUUGCCUACAACGUCUUUCCUGGAGUUCAGGGCAUCGAACCUUCCGAUGAUCCGAUUAUAGCCACUCGUUCCCAAGUGUAUCAAACCAGUGGCCAGACUCGCCGAGAUGCCAAGGUUUAG